CGAUGCAGAAGUGGACACAGAAGAUGGCAUAGAAGACGGUGCAAACGACGCAGAACCUGAUGCGGAAGACUAUGCAGAUGAGUAUGAAAACCAGAAGAUGAAGCUGAGGAGAAGGACGCAGAAGUUGAUGGUGCAGAUGACGCAGAACCCGACGUAGAAGACGGCGCAGAAGAAGCAGAGACGACGCAGACGACACAGAACCUGACGCAGGAGACGGCGCAGACGAUGCAGAACCCGACACGGAAGAUGGCGCAGAUGACGCAGGAGACGAUGCAGAACCCGACGCGGAAGAUGGCGCAGAUGACGCAGAAGACGGUGCAGAAUCCGACGCAGAACCCGACGCAGAAGAUGGUGCAGAUGACCCAGAAGACGGCGCAGACGACACAGAACCCGACACAGAAGAUGGCGCAGAAGACGCAGAGACGACACAGACGAAGCAGAACCCGACGCAGAAGACGACACAGAGACGGCGCAGAUGGCGCAGAACCCGACACAGGAGACGGCGCAGACGAUGACACAGAGAUGGCGCAGACAACGCAGAACCCGACGUGGAACACGACACAGAAGAUGACGGCACAGAUGACGCAGAACCCGACGCGGAAGAUGGCGCAGACGACGCAGAACCCGACACAGAAGACAACGCAGGAAAUGACGCAGAAGGCAGUGCAGACACAGAACCCGACGCGGAACACGACGCAGAUGACUAUGAAAAAGAAGAAGAUGAGGAUGAGGAGAAUGACGCAGAAGACGACGGUGCAGAUGAUGCGGAUGACAAGGAAUAAGAAGGAGGAGAAGCAGAGAGGUUGUGGUGGCUGGUACUCUGAGGUAUUUUCCAAAGGAGGAAACGUAUUGAUGAGAAUGCUCCUUUCUGUCUUCCAAAACCUGCUGAGAAAGGCAAAAAAAACCCGGGGACACCUGCUAGCCCAGCCUGGGGGAAAAAAAGCCUUCCUCCCCCCAGCUGCAAGGCAUGAGAGGCCAUCUUUGUGGUGCGUGAGCAGCAGGCAGUAACCCUGUCAAAAUGGACCAGAAGAGACCUGACAAGUGGUCAGGCUCAAUGCUGCAGAGGAAGGUGAAAAAACCCCGGGGACCAGUGCCAGUCUGCCCCGGGGGAAAAUUCCUUCCUGACCCCAGCACUGGCGAUCGGCAACUCCCUGAGCAUGUGAGCAAGACCUGCCUCCUCUUCCCACAGGCUGGUCACGCAUCCCAGGAGAUGCCCAAGCCCCUUUCUCCCUCAACCUGGAGCCAUCUCUGGGGCCAAACGGCCCUGGCCUGCUCGACCUCGGGGGCAAAAAUCAAUGAGCUCCCUUACUUCCUGCAUGUAAUUCUGCUGGCUCCCCGAGGUCUUCCUCUCGGAUGUGUUCGGGCUUCCCCCAGGCCAGCUCUGGCAGCAGGACACAGAGGACGCUGCCUUGGAUACCCCCCGGGGGCGCCGUCAAGGCUGCGUUGCCAGGUGGUGGCACUGUGACAUGGGGGGUGGAGCCCCGUGCACAGCCCCGCCCACCGCCCAGAGGCCGCCCCU